GCCGCUGCUUCCGCAGACGUUGGUUCUCCCGCCGCAGUUUCGGGCUUGUCUUCGGAGAGAGUUAGGAGCUUUCUUUCACAGCGAGCCUGCGGAGGUGAAGGGCCUCUUUUGGGGCGUCAGCGGGAAGGCGGCACGGUCUUCCAAACUAAGAUAACUUUUUGGAACUGCAGAAAUGGUUGAUCCCAGCUACAAAUGGGAGUUUGGAGUCAUUCUGAAAUACAUCCUGGAAUAAUUGUGUUUGACUGGAACCAAAUAUUAUGAAGUCUCCAAGGAUGAGAGUCUGUGCUCGGUCAGUUUUGCUGUCACACUGGCUCUUUCUGGCCUACGUGUUAAUGGUGUGCUGUAAGCUGAUGUCCGCCUCCAGCCAGCACCUCCGGGGACAUGCAGGUCACCACCAAAUCAAGCAAGGGACCUGUGAGGUGGUGGCUGUGCACAGGUGCUGUAACAAGAACCGCAUAGAAGAGCGAUCACAAACUGUCAAGUGUUCUUGCUUCCCAGGACAGGUUGCUGGCACAACGCGAGCCCAGCCUUCUUGUGUUGAAGCUUCCAUCGUGAUUCAGAAAUGGUGGUGUCACAUGAAUCCUUGUUUGGAAGGAGAGGAUUGUAAAGUCCUGCCAGAUUACUCAGGGUGGUCCUGUAGCAGUGGCAAUAAAGUCAAAACUACAAAGGUAACACGGUAGCAAAGAGAGAGAGACGUGUGGUCCUUUCCUGGUGGAGCGACAGGAUUCAGAGCGCUUGGGUUUGGACUGCUGGCCCGGCCUCUCUGUUGGAAAUUGCCUUGGAUUUCAGCAACGUCACAUUUGCAUAUUUGUGCUGUGAAGAGUGGCAUUCACUUAGGUGUCCCAGCCCUCUCUGCUUCAUGAUUUUAUGACAUUGAAUUGCAACUGUGGGCUGCCAUAUCCUGACAUCCUGUCUGGAUUACUGAGGAACAGACCUCCGAGAAACCCUGGAGGAACAAACUGGAGACUUCAAAAUGCAUCACUGCCAAAGGACUAUUUGGUCUUCAGUUUCUUUCCACCUUUACAAGAGAGCAUCCUCGUUCUCUUCCUCCUUUGAACUCUUCCUUCGUCCCCUGCACUCAAGUUGGUUGAAAGGGGUCCAAACUGGCAAAAGCAUCUUUGCAGAUGUAGCUUCCUUAAUGAACUCUGCUGAACCGGUGAUGAAAAUUUAUUUUAUAAACGUUGAAGAAUAGAUGAUGGACUUAUUGGGGUUAUUGUGUGUGCUUUUGUAUUAUUGCUUCUGAUGAUUUAAAAAUCUUUGCAUUGUGAGUUCCACUGGCAAGUUAUUAGCACAAGUGAAAUGGGAGCAUCCUAAUGCGUGUGCACCGUCUUACUGGGUGCUACGCAAGCCUGUGGACGGCAAUGUUUUGUAACCAAAGCUCUGUCAUGAGCUACCCACGACAGAAGUAAACCUGUUGGGAUUUUUAUGGCUUAAGUGUAGUCAGGUAAGUCAUUAAAAAAUAUACGAGAGUCUGUUUUAGAUCAAGGGUGAUUUCUUAGAUUCAGUUUAUGUCAAACAAACAUAUUAAAAUAUUUUGUUACCUGUGAGGCAGAAGUCCUUAAAUGCAGAAUUUUUAGACUGUAACUGAUUUAUUCUUAGCUCCUUCCCUCCUUAUUAGUCAUGUGUGUUAAAUGUAAGUAAAAUCUGAGUCAUUUUUUUUUCCUUGGUUUAAUGAUUUUGCAGUCCGUGCGUCUCCACAUAUUCUGAAAUGCUGUCAUGCAGAAACCUAUUACAGAUGACAAGUAACUGACCCAGAUUUUAAAUGUAUAAUGUUAUUAAAACACAUACUACUAUAAUGAUAUAAAUUUUAUCUAUUAAGAGAUGCCAGAAACACACUUUCUGCAUUGUUAAGUAUCCCUGUUCUUUCACAGUUAGUUAUGGGGGGAAAGUAAUAUUGUUUGUAGUGGUAACAAUUACAUCUGUUUGAUUUUAUUCCUCUAGAAGGAAUGGACAGAGGUGCGAGAAGUCUGUUUGCUAAAUUUUGUUGGAAUUUGACUAGAUGCUUGCCAUAAUAAUUGUUACUUUUGUCAUUAAGUAAAAAAAUUCCUUCUACUGAUGGUGUAUGGUGUAUUAAUUAAUUUUGUGAUUAUUUUAUGCCUUAAGACGGCUUUAAGAUCUUAGGCUUGGAAAAAAAUUUUUUUAAUUAAAAAAAACUUUUACAUAAAGUGUAACAUUGGAAUGUUUCCAUUUGGCAAAUUUGGCAUUGUUAUGGAGAGUACUACUCUGUUCCUGCUGCCAGACCUAAGGAGCAGCAAGGAGAAGUUAAAAUGUAGGGAGUUUUUUUUUUCUUUUUUAAGAAAAUAAACUGGAGAGAGAGAGGAAGGAGACAGGAGAGGCAAAACUGGCUGAAGGAAAAUAAAUAACAACUGCCAAUAUAGAAAAGUAACUAUGUAUCUAUGUAUGUAUGUUUAUUUAUUUAUUUAUAUUUUUAUUGAAGAAUAGUCAGUUUUACAAUGUUGUAGCAAGUUCCGGUGUACAGAAAUCAAACUAGAGAAACUGUAAGUCUGUUUUCUUAGCUCGUAAGUAACCUGGGUGUCUACAAAUGGAAGAAAGAAACUUCUGUUUGGCCCUUCCUACCCCUUUUCUCCUGCUGGUAACCAUAAGUUUGUUUUCUAUGUGAGUCUGUUUCUGUUUUGUAAAUAAAGUUUGUUUUGUUUUUGUUUUUUUAGA